AUGUCCGAUGGCUCAGACUCAGACUCCACCGACAUCGAGUUCUUCCGGGCACUACCCGAUGACACAUAUGAAGCCAUCAGGUCAGAGGCCAGUGCUAUCCGGAGGAUCAUAAAAGAACAGAAGGAACUUCCCUUCAGGGUGAUCAAAUACUACUACUUCGAAAUGUCUCGCCGCAACACUACGCGGAUAUCACAUCAGCCAUGGCAGAAGGCGCAGUCGAUCCAUCCGGUAGGGUCCAAACGCGUCCGAGGUGUGUCUUCUUCAAAGCAGGCAGACGAUUCGUGGGCCCUUACGCAACCUGUUCCAGGUCGCAAUGCAAAAUGGCCGACCGUUGGGGUCGAAGUUGGAGUCUCUGAGACAUAUCGAAAGUUGAAGGCAGAUGCAUGGUGGUGGUGGCUUACAAACUCAAAGGGCGAUGUGAAGCUUGUGAUUAUCGUAUCUAUCAAUCGACAGAAACCUAAAAUUAAGAAGUCAUCGGUUUACAAUAUCUAUAAUCAGUGGUUGAAGUACAGUCAACUUCGUCUUCCUAUUGUAGACAAGCUUAUAGUAAUGCCUCAGGCGCCAACACCUCCCCGAAUCUUCCCUCACAGAAUUCACAUCCUCCAACACACCAAGCAAACCAUAUGGACAACGACUAUUGUCGGACUACCGAUUGUAAUAUAUACAUCAUGGAUUCUUUAUGAGCGACUCUAUCUUGGCAAGAGUCCUAAAAGUCGGGAAGAUCAGAAACAGAAGGAUUAA